UGCAGAUGCCGCUGUCCCCUGCCGCUUCUUCCUGCAACCAUGGUCAACCCCACCCUGUUCUUCGACAUCACGGCCGAUGGCGAGCCCCUGGGCCCCGUCUCCUUUGAGCUAUUUGCAGACAAAGUUCCAAAGACAGCAGAAAACUUUCGAGCUCUGAGCACUGGGGAGAGAGGAUUUGGAUACAAGGGUUCCUCCUUUCACAGAAUUAUCCCUGGAUUCAUGUGCCAAGGUGGUGACUUCAUAUGCCAUAACGGCACUGGCGGCAGGCCCAUCUACGGAGAGAAAUGUGAGGAUGAGAACUUCAUUCUGAAGCAUACAGGUCCUGGUAUCUUGUCCAUGGCAAAUGCUGGACCAAACGCAAAUGGUUCCCAGUUUUUUUAUCUGCACGCUAAGACUGAGUGCCUGGAUGGCAAGCGUGUGGUCUUUGGGAAGGUGAAAGAAGGCAUGAAAAUUGUGGAAGCCAUGGAGCGUUUCGGGUCCAAGAAUGGCAAGACCAGCAAGAAGAUCACCAUUUCAGACUGUGGACAACUCUAAUUCUUUUAACUUGCGGGCUUC